AAAAACGUAAGAAAAGAAGAACUAGCGUUCGGUGUGUCUUUUUUUGUGUUCCUGCCAGAGUCCUUUUUUACGCGCUAGUGCAAUGUCCCCUUAUACAUCUUAGCAACAAAACCGAAACUGGCAGUGCAGCAUGGCGUCGCUGCGAUUCUAUGACCGCGACUUGCGAACGAAACUUGUUAUUGCUCCGUGUCACAGGAGAUCUAUUCAAUUUUGCUCUCGCUACGAUGUUUUCGACUUGUUCUGACUGCGGGACAGCGUCUGUAAGCGGGAUUCAAUAUGUGGUCAUGGAGGAAGUACGCUCGCUCGCGAGUGAUCCUCUCGUUGCACGACUUGUGCCACUGGAGGCGGUCUAUGUCUGAUGUUCGAGUGCGGUUUGCGCCCAGCCCCACCGGCGAGAUGCACCUGGGAAGCCUAAGGACAGCCCUCUACAAUUACUUAUUCGCAAGAAAGUACGGUGGGAAAUUUCUUCUCAGGAUCGAGGACACGGAUCAGUCACGGGUAGUUCCUGGAGCAGCUGAGAGGAUUGUGGACACGCUGCGCUGGGCUGGUCUUUGUCCUGACGAAGGACCUGGUCUGGGCGGCAGUGUAGGUCCUUAUGUGCAGUCUCAAAGGCUAAAGUUCUACCAAGAGUAUGCCCACAGGCUCCUUGAGACUGGCCAUGCCUACCGGUGUUACUGCUCAGAGACACGGCUGGAAAUUCUCCGGAAGAAUGCCCUACGAAAUCAGGAGCUGCCCCGUUAUGACAACCGGUGUCGUUCGCUGGAAAAGAACCCACCAGGACAACAACCCUAUGUGAUUCGCCUAAAGCUGACAGAAGGCAACCUGACAUUUCAAGAUGGCGUUCAUGGGCCAGUAACCCUAAAUUUGGCUCAAACGGAAGGAGAUCCUGUGAUCCUGAAAAGCGAUGGUUUCCCAACAUAUCACUUGGCAUGUGUGGUGGAUGACCGGAUGAUGAGGGUUACCGAUGUGCUGCGAGGUGUCGAGUGGCAGGUCUCAACCCCCAAGCACCUGAUGCUGUACAGUGCUCUCGGCUGGGAGCCGCCCCGCUUUUGGCACCUGCCUCUUCUGCUUAACAAGGAUGGCACCAAGCUUUCCAAGCGUCGAGACGACAUUCGUGUGGAAAAAUUGAGAGAGCAAGGCUUCUCACCUGAAGCUGUGAUCAACCUGCUGGUGUUGGCAGGAGGUGGAUUUGGCAAGCAGUACAAGGACCAGUUUCUUCGGCUCUCCGAAAUGGUUGACAAGUUUUCACCUGACGAUUUGAAGGCAGGCUCCUGUCGUCUGGACACUGAGCGGCUUCAGUCUUUGAACAAGCUGCACCUGCAUUCCUGCCUUGGCUCAGAGGAUGGCACACAGAUGCUUGUCAGGCAGUUGCAGCAGCUUCUCGCUGAGCAGCAAAGCUCUGCAGUUAGCGCAUCCUUUACUGAGCACGACAUCAUCCACGUUCUGCACCAAACAAAGGAACGGAUUGACAGCUUGCACGAUCUGCUUACUCCGGACAUGGCGUUCAUCUGGUGUGACCCUGUACUGAGUGGGCAAGACCAGCAGAAGCCUGAAGUUGUUGCAGCAGUUAGUCGCUUGUGCAGACAACUGGAAAGCCUGAACAGCAGCCAGUACAAUAGUGACUCCUUGAGCCAACUGCUGAGAUCAGUGGCUUCAGAAGCUGGGCUCAAGUACAGCGACUUCAUGCGGCAUUUGCGUCUGCUGCUUAGUGGACUCAAGCAAGGGCCAGGCGUAGCCGAAAUGAUGCUGCUCCUGGGGAAAGAGCGAACACAACAUCGCCUGCAACGAGUUCCAUGCACUGCCAAAAGGGCCACUUUCGGGGCUGUCGAGGAAGCCUAAUCUGGAGCGUCUGUUAUACCAAGUGAGGUGUUGCCAGCACAACGUGCUUUCAGCGUGUGGCCAACUCGGAGAACUCUAUCCAACUUCCCUUGUCGCCUUGAUGCCAGCUGUACUUGCUGUUAUUACAUCAAAGCAAAUAUCCCGCAGCUUUUUGAGUGUGUGGUAAACAAGCUGAGUCACGAUCUCGCCCCCAGUAGAGUCGAGACCAAGUCAAAAAUCUGGAUACCACAGGUACCAUGAAAAGACAGAAUUUCUUCACUGUCAAGAGAUACUUGGUGAAACUGAAUAGUGCUGUGCACCCACACGUACACAACUGCUGCUCUCCAGCAUGCAGUUUCAUGCAGCACACAUUAGGCACAAAGAGGUUAAUUUAAUUUUUUUUUUUUGUGGCUACUAUAGCAUCCACACUAUGUGCCCGACAGUACCUGAGUUCGACCUUCGGUGUGCCAUGAAGGUUGAUCAGCUCUUGUCUUACAGGGAAAUUCCUCUUCCUUGGUCCUGCCAUGUUAGUUGUCAAAACAUAGUUUAUAAAAAGGGCCUGAGGCAGUUUGUGACGUGAGCAGCUCAGCACUAUAGACAUCCAAUGUACAUGGAGUGGUCAAGUAUUAGAAAGUAAGGUGCCAAUAACUUGGUCCUUGCUUCACCCAGUGUAAACAAUGACUGCUUGGCUAAAGCUUUGUGCGGACACAGGAGGCCCUCAUCCCCUGUCCUAGGCUCACCGCCUCACCCUUUCCACUAUGUUGCCCAUGUAGGUCAACUCUGCGUAUAUGUCAGCUCUCCUAAUUUGCGACACUCGUUAUACAAAAAAAAAAAAGAAAGGACGAAAAAAAUGUGGGAGUACACAGUUCGUCUGAUACUUUCGACUCCCAAGGGCGGCGAAAAUGUGCAAAAAAUUGUGCAGUCUGAAAAAAAUGAAUGCAUGCAAUUUACUUCCCCCAGUGCCUCAAAUCACCUUAGGCACAUCUGAAAUAGCUCUGAAGGCCUGCCUGUACUCUUAUUAGGCAUAUCGGUGCUUGUACUGGACAGAAGAUGGCAGGUGCAUGCGUGGAUAAUUAAAGAAUAUAUACUGUGUUCCGUGA